CUGUGGGUUAUGGGCCCACCACGCUUCCGCUGCGCCACUCUGAUACAUUAUGCAGGCUUGUUUGUUUUUUAAUACCCUAUUAAUCAUUCACAUUACUCCACCAUCACUCAAGACGGCAUCACCUUGACCUUCUUGAGGGUGGAUCGGCUAUGGCGCCGCCGAAGAUCGCGGUGGAGCUGCAGCUGGCGGCGGGCGACGCGGCGUGGCUCGAGCAGAUGGCCGCCAAACACGGCCUGCCUGACGCCGGCAAGGCGCUGCGCAUCGUGCUGACGUACGCCAGGGAUGAGAGCCUGGCGGCACUGGGCGGCACGGAGGCCACCGAGUCACCCUGCUCUCCGCUCGCCGCGCAUUCAUUCGCCAUCGAAGGAUUCCAUGAGGGGGUUCUGCAGACGCUUCAAGAAGCCAACAAUUGCCAGAGCGUUAGUGAGGCAGUGCGCCUGCUGCUGCGCCAUGUGCGGGCGUCGGUGUCGGAGGCGCUGCUCUUCGGGCUCAUCCGCUGCAAGCAUCCGGACGGCUGCACCUCGUGCCCGGGCCAUGCUGCCGCCGCUGCUGCUAAGGCCGCAGCACCUGCUGCUCCUGCUGCUGCUGAGUAGAAGCCGCCAGCAGGCUGUUAGAGCGGUUCAUCUUGUAUCAAUGGCACUGCAAUCUGUGGGCUCCAUCUUGUGCCUACAACUUGUGGGCAUGGGGAUUGCAGUGGCGAUGCAGCACGGCACGAGCAAGUCCACCCGGAGAACAACUGCUGUGCAACCUCUUUGCAAGUGCGGGCUGACUGACCCUUCUUCGUGCCACAUGUAGUCGAAUGACCGGCCGGCCAUCAUCUGAGGACACCCGAAAUGAGGAAGGGAUUUGGACUGGAGAGAAGCACUUGUUCCUGGAGAGCAGAGAGGACGAGGUGAGGGGCAGGGGGUGCCAGCAGGCCAUGUCAUGGAGCGCAUUGCUGGGCCACACCAUACCCGCCCUUCCCUUGCGCUCUCUCCUCUCCUCUCCUCGCUUUUGAAUGGUGAACCUGUAUUUUUAAAUCGUUUUACCCACUGAGCACUCACUGAUGCUCACAUGUUGCUGCCCAGGGAGGGUUGCUGUGCUGGUCGGUGGCAUGGAGGUGGCACAAUGUGGCAUCGUGCAUCGCCAUUGCUGCCAUGUAGUACCGUAUGCUGCUCUGUGAUAUGAAUUAUGAUUGACAUGGUAUAAGCCUGCAUGGUGUACAGCGUUGUUGGCUGG